AGCGCUGAGGCAAACGGCGUGGGUCUGGCGCUUGGGGACCUGGUGCGUGCGGAGCGGGCCCGUGGCGGCUCCAGGCUUGCGCGGCGAUGCUGACCCCCGCGUUCGAGCUGAGCCAGGACCGCGACUUCCUCACGGUCGCCAUCCGCGUGCCGCACGCGCGCGUCUCCGAGUUCGACGUGUACUUCGAGGGGGUGGACUUCAAGUUCUACGCCAAGCCGUACUUUCUGAGAUUAACACUUCCCGGAAGGAUUGUAGAAAAUGGAGGUGAGCAGGGGUCCUAUGAUGCAGAUAAAGGAAUUUUUACCAUUCGAUUGCCCAAGGAAACUCCUGGCCAGCAUUUUGAGGGGCUGAACAUGUUAACUGCUCUUCUGGCCCCAAGAAAAUCCAGGUCUGCCAAACCACUUGUGGAAGAAAUAGGUGCUUCUGGUGUUUCUGAGGAAGGAGCUGACGAUGAGGAUUCAGAUUUUGACUGGGAAAUUGAGCAGACUCCCUAUGAAGAGGUCUCAGAAAGUGCUCUGCAAUCACAGUGUCACUAUGGAUUUGGAAACCUGCGGGCCGGUGUGGUUCAGCGGUUACAGGAUGAACUGAGUGAAGUUAUUGAUAUUAAGGAUCCAGAUUUCACUCCUCUGACUGAACGAAGGCAGAAACGCCUGGCUGCUGAGCUGGCCAAAUUUGACCCGGAUCAUUAUCUAGCUGACUUCUUUGAAGAUGAGGCAAUUGAGCAGAUUUUGAAGUAUAAUCCCUGGUGGAAUGAUGCACAUGCAGAGAUGAUGGCCUCUUUGGGAAAGAGCCAAGAGCAUGGAGACAAUGCUGCAUUAGUAUCUUUUUCAGAAGAGGAGAAAUAUCAGCUACGAAAAUUUGUGAAUAAGUCUUACCUGCUGGACAAGACAGCUCGCCGUCAAGUGUACUACAGUUUAGUUGACAUCCUUCUGGCCUAUUGCUAUGAAAUACGUGUCACUGAAGGAGAGCACAAUGUGGAGUCUGCAUGGACGGUCAGAAAGCUGAGCCCCACCCUCUGCUGGUUUGAGACUUGGACAGAUGUUCAUGAGAUCCUGGUGUCUUUUGGAAGGAGAGUUUUGUGCUAUCCACUUUAUCGUCAUUUCAAGCUGGUGAUGAAAGCCUACAGAGACACUGUAAAGAUACUGCAACUAGGUAAGAGUGCAGUUUUAAAGUGUCUCCUGGAUGUUCACAAAAUCUUUCAGGAAAAUGACCCAGCAUACAUUUUGAAUGAUCUCUACAUCUCAGACUACUGUGUAUGGAUUCAGAAGGCCAAGUCCAAAAAGUUGGCUGCCCUCGCAGAAGCCUUGAAAGCGGUCUCCCUCAGUAAGGCCCAGCUGGGGUUAGAGCUGCAAGAGCUAGAGACUGCUGCGCUUCUCGUCCAGGAGGAAGAAACUGCCAGAGAAGCAGCCCAGUGUGGGCCCACGCAGCGGACGCCAGGCUGCAGUCCCGAGCCCAGUGACUCGGACAGCACCACAUCGUCUGACACAGAAGACUCAGAUUCAGAGCCCGAGGAGCUUGUUGGGACUCGGCCCUCGCUGCUCACUCCUCGGCAGGACCCCCUUUUGGAAGAAGACAGUGCCCUGCUCAUCCAGGAGAGUGGGCUCUGCAGAAACAUGGCCAGCCAGGGAUGCGAAGUCAGUCCAGGGCAGACCCUGGCCUCUGCCCGGGCUCCUCUGAUAGAGGAGGUUGGAGAGGAGCUGAGGACCAUCCUUCAGGUCUCCACACCUCCUGGUGGCAGUGCUGGGAGCCACCGCAGUAUGCGGGAUGGAGAGGAGAGGGGACAGGUGCCCUGUGAUUGACUCAAGUGGUUGGCUCAUUAUGGGCAACUAGGUCCGCUGUGCUCUCAUAUGGCCGUGGAAUUUGAUUUCCAUUGUGUACUUUUCCUGUGUACAUAGAGGUCGUUGCUUUUCAGCGAGCUAACGUUUAUACCUUCAAUUUUUUUGGUUUGUAACUUGAAAAGUAAAACCCUAAAGUAUUCUUUCCAAGGUGUAAGUAACAUUUUAAAAUGAAGACCAGAGUUCUAGUAGGAAAAGUCUAGACCAGUGGUUCUUAACCACCCUAACACUGAGACUCUUUAACAUAUUUCUUCGUGUUGUAGUGACCCCCAAACAAAAAGUAUUCUGUUGCUACUUCGUAACUGUAAUUUUGCUACUGUUAUGAAUUGCAGUAUGAAUAUCUCCUCUGCCAGAUAUCUGAUAUUCAACCCCCAAGAGGGUCAAGACCUACAGGUUGAGAACCACUGUUCUAGACUGUAGUGGGACAGCUGACAGGUAGGACUCACAUUUGAAGUGUGCACUGUGAGAAAUACUGACAGGUGAGCACACCAGGUGAAUUGUUCACUGAAGCCAGGAUGUUUGACAUUUGACACCCCCUUCUCAGGCCAGAUGCCACCCACCUGUGUCCCCUGAGCGACCCCUGAUGUGCUGCUGUGUCGUAGUCCAGUAGCUUGCAUUGCCGACCCUGUACGUAAACGAAGCAUUCAGUGCACUCUUUGGAUCGGGCUCUUUUCGCUGCACGUAAUUACUGUGAGACUGACAGGUGUGCUAACGUGUGCCAAGACUUUUGUGUUGUCUUCUCAGUGUGCAGACCAGUUCUUGGAAUGGAUUUGUCCAUUCACCCACUGGUGGACAUUUGAGUUGCUGCCAGUGUUUUGACUGUUAAUAAAGCUGUGUGAGCAUUUGGGUAUAA